UUCUUUAAGUGAAAGUUCAAAGGGCAAUCGAGAAGAUGAGCGCCCAAUGAAGUAUUUCAAAGUAAAUAACCAAAACACGACGGCGUUGCAAGCCACACCAGAACGGGGUCCUUCGGCAAGUAUUACUCGUCCAACCACCAAAAGAGCUCUGGCGACAAGACCAACCCCAUCCCGUGCACCGUCUUCAUCGACGUCGAGUCAGGAUGGCGAGUGCUUUAAACGUCGUGAUUUACCAAUAGGAGUCGCUAAAUCGGAUAAAAAGCCAGGAACCAUCCGUACACGGCGCGCACCGUGGCCUGAGCCGUUGUUCACCUCGUCGCCCAACUCGCCGCCGGCCCCGUCUCCCGUUUGUUCGCCCGACCCAUCGCACUACCUACGGCCGGCCGUGUCGCCUGCCCCGUCACUCGGACCAUGGUCGGUUCCGUCUCCUACCCCGUCACUCGGAUCAUGGUCGGCUCCGUCGCCUACCCGGUCACUCGGAGAAUGGCCGGCCCCGUCUCCCGUCCAUUCGCCCAAGUCGACGCCCGCCCCGUCAGCCAACUCGUCGCUGACCCUGCCACCGAUCCGGUGUCCCGUGCCGGCACCCAACCGGUCGCCAAGGCCGGCCCUGUCGCCUACCCCGUCACUCGAACCAUGGUCGGUUCCGUCUCCUACCCCGUCACUCGGACGAUGGUCGGCUCCGUCUCGUACCCUGGCACUCGAGCCAUGGCCGGCUCCGUCGCGUACCCGGUCACUCGGAGAAUGGCCGGCCCCGUCUCCCGUGCCGGCACCCUACCGGUCGCCAUGGCCGGCCCUGUCGCCUUCCCCGUCACUCGAACCAUCGUCGGUUCCGUCUCCUACCCCGUCACUCGGACCAUGGCCGGCUCCGUCGCCUACCCGGUCACUCGGAGAAUGGCCGGCCCCGUCUCCCGUGCCGGCACCCUACCGGUCGCCAUGGCCGGCCCUGUCGCCUACCCCGUCACUCGAACCAUCGUCGGUUCCGUCUCCUACCCCGUCACUCGGACCAUGGCCGGCUCCGUCGCCUACCCGGUCACUCGGAGAAUGGCCGGCCCCGUCUCCCGUUCAUUCGCUCAACAAUAGCCGUCGCCUAACUCGUCGCUCAACUCGUCGCCGUCUGAGUACUACUAAACAUCCGUAAAUAGCAGAUGUUGCCGAAUCCGCUGGCGUGAAGGCAAACUACUAACAAACCCAACACUAAAGCCAAGAUAGGCGAAGCGCAAGUGCCAUGAUCACGGGACGACGAAACAAUGUACGUAUAGAAAUACAUAAUUACUGAAAAUUUCAGCUGUGGAGCUGUUGCGUUUUUUGAGAUACAGUUGAUGUUUCUUACUAAAGGUAGGAGAAAUAAAAGGUUUCGAAGGAGCGGCGAGUGGUAAUUUUAUGUAGGGUAUUAAUGACAUUGUAACGAAUAUACUAAGGGGAUGACUCAGACUAUGAUUCUGAGUUAAUAUCAAGUGGAAUUUUCCGUCGCAAAAUUCAUGAUGAUUUUUUAGACUUUUUUGAUAAUUUUCAAUUCUAUACUUUUGCGAUGGAAAAUUCUACUUGAUAUUAAUCAGAGUAAUCAACUGAAUCACCCCUCUCACUAUUUGUUACGAUGUCACCUUACACCCCAUACAAAUAAAUACAGGUAGCCAUACAAGUACGUACGGGUGUUAGUGACACCAUAACCAAUACUGAAGGGGAUGCUUCAGACCAUGAUUCCGAGUCGAUAUCAAGUGGAAUUACCUGUUGAAAAAGUCAUGAAAAUUUUCUUCUGUACUUUUGCGACGGAAAUUUCCACUUGAUAUCAACUCAGAAUCAUGGUCUGAAUCAUCCCUCGAAGUUUUCGUUACGAUGUCACUAACACUCCGUAUACAUUAAUUAGCUCUGUAUAUUGUAAUUAUUUCCAUCUCUGUUAUCAUGUAUCAGUCAGUAUCUAUCUAAUCUUACUGACGCCUUAUGAGUCGCAUUUUUAGGUGUGGAUUGGCUUGCUGGUGGUGAUGUGUCUAUCGUGGCCAUAUCAUAGAAUUGAUCAUUUCAUGAAAUGAUCGACCAUUUCAUGAAAUGGUCGUAUUUCAUGAAAUGGAACAACAUUCGUUGGCCACAUCAUGAUGUGGUUUGGCCAGAUCAAUGAACACAAAACGUUUAACGAUAUGACCAACUAAAUGCAUGAUUACUUCAUGAUAUGGCCAAACGUUAGCGAUCAUAUCGUAAAAUAGUAACAUUAUCCACCGGUAGUGGCGCUGGUGUCGCUUUGUUUAUGUUUUGCAUAAUGGCGGCGGACAAUAAUUAUUCUUGUGUGAACGCGAAUAAUACGAAUAAUAAUGAGCAAAUACAAGAUAAAAGUGCAUUGAAGCAAUGUUUUGACACUAAAGUGAAAAGAAAAACUCGUAUUAACAGUAGACAGCAACUUUUAUUUAUUUUUAGGUUAUAUGGCAAAUAAUGAAGGUCGAGUGACCACGCUACGUAAAUCAAUGGACUAUUAUUGGAUUUCAUAAUAUGAUAUAAUUAAAACUGCGAAUGAAGAGAUAUUAAUUUUAAAAAAGAAAAAUAU